AUGCCUGAGAUGGAGGCUGAAAACCACACCACCGUGACAGAGUUCAUUCUUUUGGGUUUAACAGAAAGUCCGUCGCUGAGUGUCAUCCUUUUUAUGAUAUUUCUAGGAAUAUAUGUUGUUACCUUAGUGGGAAAUAUCAGCAUCAUCACUUUAAUAAGAAGCUGCCCCCAGCUCCACACUCCCAUGUACCUGUUCCUUAGCCAUCUGGCUUUUGUGGACAUUGGGUUUUCCACAACUAUCACACCUAUAAUGCUUACUGGAUUCAUUGGAGACAGAAUGGUGCUUUCUGUGGCUGCCUGUGAAGCCCAAUUCUGCAUCGCAGUGACGUUUGGGACAGUUGAGUGCUUCCUGCUGGCUGCCAUGGCCUAUGACCGCUAUGUGGCCAUCUGCUCACCCCUGCUGUACUCCACACAGAUAUCCCCCAAGAUCUGCUUCUUAUUACUUGGAACUUCCUAUAUGGGUGGCUGUGUGAAUUCAUGGACAUUUACUAGUUGUCUGUUGAGUGUGUCCUUCUGUGGAUCAAAUCAGAUAGAUCACUUUUUUUGUGACUUCCCUGCUGUGUUGAAACUUUCCUGCUCAGAUACCUCCAUUCUUGGAAUUAUUCCUUCUUUCUCUGCAGGAUCCAUCAUUGUGGUGACAGUGUUUGUCAUAGCCGUCUCCUACAUCUACAUCCUCGUCACCAUCCUGAAGAUGCGCUCCACUGAGGGCCGCCGCAAGGCCUUCUCCACCUGCACCUCCCACCUCACUGCGGUCACUCUCUACUAUGGAACCAUCACAUUCAUCUAUGUGAUGCCCAAGUCCAGCUACUCCACUGAACAGAACAAGAUAGUGUCUGUGUUCUACACAGUGAUUAUCCCCAUGCUUAACCCACUCAUCUAUAGUCUGAGGAACAGAGACGUAAAAGAGGCUCUGAGGAAAUUCACCAGCAGAAUAUUUCCAUAG